AUGGGCGCGCAAGAGAAAUCGCAAGCGAACUCCAAUUCGAUGCAGUUGGUUGGCAGUAUUGUUUAUUGCGUGGUGAAGUCAGCAUUGGAUUGGGGUUUUAGUGCAGAAAUGUUUUUGAAGUUGGUGUUGCAGAUAAAUGCCGUUGAAGUGUUUGAUACAACUGCUAGAGAAUGUAGGUUUGUUGGAGUUCUAUGUGAGCUCAUUUGGAAUCUUGAUUCAGUUAUGAAAUGGGUUAGAGAGGGGUCCUUUGGUUUUGUUUUAGCUAGACGUGUAUUAGGCUUUGUCAUUAUUAUGGUGAGUGGGGAUUCUGGUGCAUCAGCUGUGACUUUUUCAGUGGCCAAGCUGUUGAUUCUUUUUAAGCAACGGGUGAAGGUCUACCGCCUGAAUGAAGACGGGAAAUGGGAUGACCAGGGGACUGGGCAUGUUACCGUUGACUAUUUGGAGAGAUCAGAAGAGCUAGGCUUGUAUGUUAUUGAUGAAGAAGACAAUGAGACAUUGCUUUUUCACCGUAUAACCCCGGAUGACAUUUACAGAAAACAAGAAGAUACAAUAAUUUCAUGGAGAGAUCCGGAAUUUUCUACAGAAUUAGCACUAAGCUUCCAAGAGACUGCUGGGUGUUCUUACAUAUGGGAUCAUAUCUGUAAUGUGCAAAGAAGUCUACAGUUUAGUACUCUAAACAGUGAGACAUUUCACAGCAUGAACAGUGAGUUGAGAGAGUUGCCCGCUGUUGAACUUUCCACACUUCCUUUAAUCCUUAAGACUGUGUCUGAGAGUGGUAUUGCAGAUCAGAUGAGACUGACAGAGCUUAUAAUGAAUGAUCAAGAUUUUUUCCGGAAGCUGAUGGAUGUUUUCAGAAUCUGUGAAGACCUAGAAAACAUUGAUGGCCUUCACAUGAUAUUCAAAAUAGUCAGAGGGAUCAGUGAGUAG